CUAGUAACACACAACACAACUACACAUGGAAACGAAUUCCUACUCCUACUAUGAGUAGUACAUAGAUUCAGCCUUAUAUAAACGAUCAAAACCUCAUAUUUUUCUAUAAGUUUUCUCGGUCUCUACUCUCUAGGAAGAAGAAGAUGCAGAUUUUUUUGAGAAACCUUAAGGGGGAGAAUAGCCUUCUAGAGUUUGAGAGCACAGAAACCAUUGAAAACAUCAGGGCCAUGAUUCAAGAAAAAGAAGGUGUCACUCUUGAAAAACUUUGCCUGAUUUUUCAAGGCAGUACAACUUUAAGAGAUGGUCAUACUCUUGCUGAUUAUAACAUCCAAGACUACAAUCAGAUCAAUGUGGUUUUAAGGCUUGCAGGAGGAACAAGGAUCUUGGUGAAAACUCUUACAGGCAAAGAGCUUGAACUCAACGUUGAGCCGAAUGAUACCAUUGAAAGGAUCAAGGAGCGUGUUCAGGAAAAAGAAGGGAUUCCUCCUAUGCAGCAAAGGCUUAUUUAUGGAGGCAAGCAGAUUGCAGACGAGAAAACAGUUCGAGAUUACAAAAUCGAGGGUGGCUCUGUGCUUCAUCUUGUGCUUGCAUUGAGGGGUGGUCGUUUCUGAGAGUAGUAUUCUAUAUUUCUUAGGAAUUGCAUGGCAACAUUAUUAUUAUUAUUUCAUUAGAGAGUUUAAUAGUAUUCAGUUUGUUUCUUUUCUUCAAAGCAUUUUUUUUUUUUUUUUUGUGAGAAACCUUUUCUUCAGAGAGUUAGGUUG